AUGCCUUUUCGAUAUCAGCGGUUAUUACUAUUUUCAUCAUCCGAAAACGUAAUAUUACUCCAACUAAAUCCGGUAACAUUACUGGACCUCGAUAUAGUGCCAAAGGCGAUUUUGAAACGAGCAAUAAUUCGAUCACCAUGGGAAUUACGACAUGAAACAGUUAUAAUCGAAAACAAAAUUGGUGAAGGUGAAUUUGGUGAAGUGUUUUCUGGCAAAUAUAAACUUCCAUGGCGUAUGCGUUGA